UGAGCCGCACGCAAGAUGAACAUCGACUUCACGGACAAAGUGGUGCUGGUGAGCGCCGGCAUCGGCGAGUCGACGGCGCUGCUGUUCGCCGCGCUGGGCGCGAAGCUGUCGCUCGUGGGCAGGAAUGAAGGCAAGCUGCGCGCCGUGGCGGCCGCGUGCCACAAGCUGCGGGGGCUGCAGCCGCUGCCCAUCGUCACAGACCUCGGCACCGACGAGGGCGUCCAGAAGACCGCCAAGGAAACACUCGACCAUUUUGGAAAGCUGGAUGUGCUGGUGAACAACGCCGGCAUCAGCGCUCGCACGUGCCUGCAGAUGGCCGAGAUGGCGACCUUCGACGAGGUGUUCCGCAUCGACGUGCGAGGAGUGUACAACCUGACGCGGCUGCUGGUGCCCGCGCUCAUUGAGUCCAAGGGGAAUGUCGUCAACGUAUCGAGUAUAGCAGCUACUGUUGUCGCUGUGGGCAGCUUGCCCUAUGGCAUGGCUAAGGCUGCAUUAGACCACUUCACGCGACUGGUCGCGCUUGAGCUGGCUCCUAAGGGCGUCAGGGUUAACGCCGUCAGUCCUGGAGUUACGGUAUCAAAUAUAGUGAAGCGUAUGACAGGCUAUACUGAGCAGCAGUACCAAGAAUGGCUAUCAUUUGCCGCUGCGGCCACCCCCAUGGGCAAGGUCUGUGAGGGGGAGGAUAUUGCUCGCAUGAUCGUCCACCUGGCCAGUGACCAUAGCCGCCUGGUCACUGGGACUAUAGUGGAAGUCGAUGGCGGGCUGAGAUUCGCUCCCCCAGCGAACUUAUUGUCACAGCAGAUGAAGUCUUGAAUACUUAGGGAGUCGGGCUUAUGUGAAGUCUCAACAAAAUAUUCAGGAAUGUGAAUUUACUUGAACAAUGGGUGUGUUGUGAAGAUUGCUGUGCAGGAAUUGAUGCUAGAUUGUAAUUUAAUAUAAAUCAGAGUAUUAAAUCUUUAAUAAAGCUUUAUUAAUAUUCGUACCGAAA